GUAAAGCUACAAUGCAAUCUCUGCCGUUGCCUUGGCGCACCAAUCUUCAUACGACAGAGAUAAUAGUGCCGGUUUGUUAUUUUUUUUUCUUCUGCAAAAGUAAUGCCUGAUAUUUAGAUAAUUAUCAUCCGGUUGACAUUGGCCAAUUGAUACAGUUUAAUCGAUACAAUGUUAGAAGUACAAACUUUUGCUGAGCCACUUUGCUGACGUCAUGUAAUAUCCAUACGCGUCGUAAUUAGCCACGGCUUAUGCCCCUGCAGGCUUCAGGUUUUAGACACAGAGAGCUCACUCACACCACACUGUCUCCGGAGGUCUACAUCACGACUGUGGAAGUCCGUAACCGCUGUGAAUAACAUACCAAAGUUUGUUGGUACUUCAAUCAAACACACCAUGAACGGCUGGGCGUGGCAGGCAACAAGCAUCGCUGAGCAGGUGGGCAGCUCCGUCACCUUUGUUGGCAAUCUCUUGGCCCUGAUCAUAUUCCUCUGGAGCAAGAGGCUUCGCAUCAAAUACUACGCCUUCGUCAUCAAUCUCGUCAUCGCCAAUCUCUCUGAUCCCAUCCUGACCUUCAUCUAUCAAUACUACGAUAAUGAUAUCCUUCUGGCUCUGCUUCGUACGGGGCUCUUCGUGGCCGAGUUGAACCUUCUGGCCAUCGCCGUCAACCGUCUGCUGGCGCUGUCUAUCACUCCACCUGCCCGCUACGACUCCUUGGUGACCAGCGGGCGCCUGUUUGUGGUCUGCAUUCUGCUCUGGCUCAUCUCAGCCGCCAUCUACCUGCCUUCAACGUACGUCUACAAUCAGGUAGUCAUCCGCUUGGUCCGGCCUCUGAUAACCCUCACCAUCCUCCUUGUCACAGCGGUGCUGUACUAUAUUGUCUUCCUGAAGAUUUCUCGCUACACCCCGCCGCUGGCGUCCACCCCUCCUCUCAAGGACGCCGAUGAGGUGACCCGUACCCGUAUGCGUCAAACUCGCUACAUGAUGGUGACUGUUACGAUCAUCCUGGUCAGUUCUCUCAUCUGCUGGCUGCCGUUCUGCUGCGCCAACUUCUACAUUUACUUCAGCGGCAAGUAUUACGGGCGCCACACCGAGGAGUUUAAGAUCAUGUACACGGCCUUUAUCCUUCUCUUGAUGGUCAACUCGGCUAUCAAUCCUUUCAUCUACUGGUGGCGCAUCGCAGAGUUCCGUGACGGCUUGAAGCGGGUGGUGUGCUGUCAUUGCAUCCGAAGGCAGAAUCCGGAUGAAGAUGAUCCUGAGCUGGAAUUGUACGGUGGUGACAACUUGGGUAACACCAUCAAUUCCACCAUCAAUUCCAACAUGUAAAGACUCAGUCCACAGGCAGUGCGUCCAACGCCCAGGGAUGUAGUCGAGUCCUCCAUGAGUCUAUAACAAGUCCAGUCACAGGGAACAAUA